CGUGAUUGAUAGUAAGCAAUAGCAAAUAAAUAGGUACUGCCUAGAUGCAGCUUGCUCAUAACUUGUGGACUUCCCAAGGUUAACACACAGCAGACAUUUCUUCUAUCGAUCCACAUUUCAAAACGAAAAUGAAGAUUUCAGUGUUGUUCAUUUUUGUGCUCGUACAAUUGGUAGUUCUUGAGAUCCAUUGUGAGGAAAUUCGUGAAAGAAUGAUAGCACAGGAGCAGGAAUUUGAUCGCGAUGCAGGUUGCUCUACCUGGAACGGCACCUGUAAAAGAAGGCUAGCAAAGAAACUUCGCGAUGCGGGUUGCUCUACCUGGAACGGCACCUGUAAAAGAAAGAUAAGAAUGGAGCAGGAACUCCGCGAUGCGGGUUGCUCUACCUGGAACGGCACCUGUAAAAGAAAGAYACAAAAGAUGCGGGAACAGAAACGUCGCGAUGCGGGUUGCUCUACCUGGAACGGCACCUGUAAAAGGAAAUUGCAACGCUAAUGGAAAACUCUGAAACACCUUGAAAUCAUAAUAUUUCAAGGAAUUGAAUGAUUAAAACUAAAUUAGAGUAAACCAUA